AUGCCACCAUCAAUGUACAGCAAGGACGAGAAGGUCCUCUGCUUUCACCAAGAGUUACUUUACGAUGCCAAAAUCCUCGAGGUGCGCUUGAAGGACCCCUCCGACAAAAAGAGCCCUCAUGAAUAUCUGGUCCACUACAAGGGGUGGAAGAACACAUGGGAUGACUGGGUAUUGGAGGAUCGCCUUCGAAAGGCGUCCGAUGAGAAUCGUGAGCUGGCAUCCAACCUGCGCCGCGAUGUCGAGCAAUCUGCCCGCAAGCAAGCAAAGCCCGCGUCCAAGAAGCGAGCCAUGUCCGACCGCAGCUCGGUACGGGAUAGCGAGGAGCGCGGCGCAUCUGUGCCUGGCCGUGGUGGGAAGCGUGCGCGCGGAGAAAAUGACAUCGAGAAAGAGGAGAGCUUCAACAUCCGUCCCAGCAUCCGGAUUGUGAUGCCCGACAACCUAAAAUCACUCAUUGUGGACGAUUGGGAGCGUGUCACCAAGAAUGGCAGCGUCGUGGCUCUUCCGGCUCCCAAGCCCGUCCGCCAGAUCUUACAGGACUGGCGCGACGAGGAGGAGCCUAAGCGUCGCGAAAAUCGCAUUGAUGUUGACGUCCUCGACGAGGUCAUCGCGGGCAUGCUCGAAUACUUCGAUGUCAUGCUCGACAAGGUCCUUCUAUAUCGCUACGAACGCGCUCAGUACCGUGUCUUGCGGAAUAAGUUCCAGGAUACGAAGAACUUCGGCCCUGUCGAUGUCUACGGCGCCGAGCACCUCAUCCGUCUCUUCAGCCUUCUUCCCGAACUCCUCGCCCAAACCAACAUGGACGUCUCGAAUACUCAGCGCAUGCGGGAAGAACUCUCCAAGCUCUCUCUUUGGCUUAGCCGGAACUCAGAGAAGUACUUCCGUACCGAGUAUAUUCCCGCCAAACAGUCCUACGACGAAGCCGACGACUCGUCUUCCUAA